AUGCAACUCUCUCUGCCUCUCACUCUCUUCCUUCAACCGAGCAGAGGUCAUUGCCUCUUGGGUCUCUUUUACUUCUCUAGCUCUCAGUUGGGUUUAAUCAGGAAAUGGCAACAAACCGAAAUGGCUAGACUUCCCGUCUUCUUGGCGGGGCUUCUUCUCUUAUGUUUCUGCAGCAUAGCGAUAGCAGAAGCAGAAUACAUUAAAUAUAAGGACCCCAAACAACCAUUAAAUACUAGAAUCAAGGAUCUGAUAAGCCGGAUGACUUUGGAGGAAAAGAUUGGCCAAAUGGUGCAGAUAGAUCGCCGUGUUGCGUCAGCUGAGGUGAUGAAGAAGUACUUCAUUGGUAAAACAUGA